UCGGCCGUGUUUAGGGGGACUCUCCAAGGGGGUGGAAACUGGGUGUUGCCCGUUUUUUUACGUAGACUCAAUCCAAGCAGCAACUCACACGGAGAUUGGAGUUCAGUCAGCGCGAGCACUGCAUAACGGCAGCUUCGUCGAGACACUUCUUCGUUAACCGGCUUUAAAAACAUCCUCCAGAAACCGACACCAUGGGCGUGGAAGGAUGCACGAAAUGCAUUAAAUACAUGCUCUUCUUCUUCAAUUUCAUCUUUUGGCUGGCUGGUUGUGUUAUCUUGGGGGUUUCUCUCUGGCUUCGUCAUGACAAUAAAACAAGCAGUCUUCUGGAACUGAAGUAUGAGGGCGCAGAACCACCCAGCACCUUCUACAUCAGUGUCUACAUCUUGAUCGCUGUCGGUGCUGUGAUGAUGUUUGUUGGAUUCCUUGGUUGCUAUGGAGCCAUACAGGAAUCCCAGUGUCUUCUCGGAACAUUCUUUGCCUGCCUGGUCAUUCUGUUUGCCUGUGAGGUUGCUGCCGGAAUCUGGGGAUUCAUGCACAAAGACAAGAUCUCCAAAGAGCUGAUCACUUUCUAUGACUCUGUGUAUGACAGAGGCGUUUCACUUACAGAUAAUGAGCAAAAGCAGGCUGCCGCUACUGUCUUGAAGGUCUUUCAUGAGACUCUUAACUGCUGUGGCAAAGGAACCCUGUUUUCAGGUGCUGCAAUGUGGCUUUCAGACACCUGUCCUCAAGACAAAAAAACUUCUGACAACUGUCACACCAAGAUCAAAGAGCUUUUCUCUGAGAAGAUCUAUCUGAUUGGCAUCGCCGCCUUGGUUGUUGCUGUUAUCAUGAUCUUCGAGAUGAUCUUCAGCAUGGUGCUUUGCUGCGGCAUCAGGAACAGCCCUGUUUACUGAAACAGAAGGGCAAGAUAUUACCUUUAAAACAUCAGCCAAAAAAAAUUGUGUUUUAUAUCUACCAUCUCCUAUUUUGUUUUGUAUCUACCAUUGUUUCCUAAUGUAGUCACCCUGUCCAGUUCCUGAGGACUCAGAACAAUUUUUGUGCAUUUUUUUGUUCAAAUGUUGCAGUGGAACCACCAACAACUAGUCUGCUAUUGUUUACGCUGUAGUUGGCAAAGACUAGUUGUGAUCUGUAGCUAUAGCAGUAGACUUACAAACACAGUACAUUAUCACAUGAAGAAUUGAUUCAUUUAUUUGCUUGUAGUUUUUUUGUGUUAACUUUGGAAGUACUGCUAUUGCUAUUGGUUAAUAUCAUUCUUUACGUAUGUACAUGUAUAAACUGUAUAUAUUUGCAGCCCUGUAUGGCUCUUAAGCAUGAAUCUUGUAUUGAACACUCCUGUCCAUCUUCCUCUCUGAGACUGCUGUUUGUAUGUUCACGUUUCUUCCUGAGAAACCACUAAAUAAACAGUGUUAGCUAGGUGAGAGAGCAAGUCAGAAUAGAGUGCUUAUUGAAAGUGAGAGUAAAAGGAUUAAUAUCGUUAAAGACCCAUGUAUACUUCAUUUUCCGCGUUCUGCUCCGUCUAGCAUACAGUUGAACGCUCGAGCCAUUCAAAAUACACUCCGUAGACAGCGGUCUAGGACGGACGCGUUGGGCGCCUGCGCACUACCCAGUGAACCUUCGUUUUCAAGGCUUCACUCGGACAGUAUGCACUGACAUUAGCGGACUUGCGUCACACGGACUGUCAGCUAGAGUGGAAUUCGGACAAGGAAAGUAUACUUCCGGUUUAAAAUUAUUGAAGUUGACGAGCACUGCGUUACUUUCUGCUCAGUCGGUUCAAAAUUGACUAUACCGGGUUCUGUGGGUCAACAAGUUAAUGGCAGUCAACAGCACUUAUAAUGUUGAUUACCACAAAAUGUAGUUUCCUCUCCUUAAUAAACAGCAACAAUUUGGGUUACAAUGAAGUACUUAAAAUGACAGCGAAUGAGGCCGAUUCGUAAACAUUACAAUUUUACAAUUUAGUUGCCAUAACAAAUUAAGUCUAGAACCUUAAUGUAAGCGUGUAUAAAAUGAAGCAUUUCUGUUUUAAAUAGCCUGCUCUAGAAAGUUACAAAAUUCACUUCUAUUUUAAGUGCCUCACCGUAGCAUUGGUUUUUGCCGUUUUCAAGAGUCAAAAUUAGUUUUUGUGGCAACAUUACGCCGCAAUUGUUAUAAAUUGAGUUUAACUUGCGAAUCAUAUUGAACCUGGAAUAUACCUUUAAUGGCAGAAAGGGCACUGAUCUAUGAUCAUUGUGUUUCUUAUAUGUGAGAUCACAUAGACGAGAGAGCUGAUCCUAGAUCAGCACUCUUGCUGUGGAAAGCUGUAAACCUAGAGCUUCUGAUGCCCGCUACAAUCUACAGUCUCUUUAUGCUCUCUUAAUACACUGUAAUGUAUUUUUCUGGAUGCCCGUCAUACAAGGAGUUGGACCACAUGUAGAUUCACUGCCCCAGUCACUGAAGUUCUGGCCCUCUUUGCAGUGAUCCAAGCCAUAGAGAGGAUUCAUACAUACCUGCUAGCCUUAUUAAUGAAACACCCUAUCCCUUAAUCACUUAGAUAGCAAAUCCAGAUUGAUUCCUAAUGGAACCGUCUAUGCUGUCAUAGCUGUAAUGUGUUAUGAUUUCACUCGACUGGAAAAUCCAAGGAGUUUGCGUGAUUGUCUGUAUGUACAUUUGUGAUAUCAGUUGACAGUGAGUUUGGAAGGACAUGCUUGGUUGGUUAUAGGAUUGACAAGCUCUAACUCUUCACUGCCACCUCUAUCACAGAUGUAGUUGCUGUAAUACCGUGUCACCUUCACUAGGUGGCGCUCCAGUAGUAUUCGCUUUGAAAACUGGUGACUACACUCUUAGUAUGCCUGUGUACAUGUCUGUCGUGCACUUAUUCUUCUAGACCGCACUAAUACGAAGCGCCCUCAUCCCUGAUGCAUAAAUACCAUAAGAUUUGUGAUUUACUACAUGCAUUAUGCAACCCUGUCUUGUUAACACAUAAUGCCUAUGCUGAUAUUCUUAGAAAGUGUCUUGUAAUAUGUACAGCUAUAUAGUAUACUAAUUACCAUGUAAAGACAAUGUAUGCCUUUUAAUUGUGAUAUCGUUUUUUUCUGGUACUUGUCAAAAAAUGCAAUGAUUUCAUUUGAAGCAUGUAAGAAUUUUGGGGGUCCUGACAAGUAAAGCAUGAUCUUCUAACUAUUAAAUAUUAUGAAGGAGAAACAGUUGUUUAUGAAAUUAACUGUUGAAGUUACAACACAUCAGCGUAUUUGUACACUAUCAAAUGUUACUGUUGUGUUGACAGGAUCUCAUACUUAUCUGAUACCCAAAUUGACAACUGUAACUCAAGCUCUCUUUACCCUGACGCACCAAUUAUAGAUUUUGGUCUGGUUUUGUUGCCCAAAUAUUUAGAAAUUAAAUGUAUUUUACAAAUAACA